GGCUCAGCUGAUCUAGUAAACAAACCGCUGGCAUCAUCUGUUUUGCCAGUUUUUGCCGCUAUAAACAACACAAGAAAAUACCGGUAAACUUCUUUCACGAAAUCAGUAUCUAAAUCUGUGAUGUUUGGUGAGCUUUGUGUGUGUGAUUGAAAAACAUAUUAGAGACAGUUGUCACUGCUGCUAAUUCUACGAGUGCGCUGCCUUGAAGAAGAUGACGGACUUUUGUGAACUUACGCUGCACCGCAAAGGGUUUUAUGGUGUCGACUUUAGCAAGGAUUUCGACCGCAUCAAGUGCGUUGUGUUUGAUAUGGAGGGACUGUGGAUGGAAGAGGUGCCCGUGGCAACGCUGAUCAAGCGCCAGAAAGAACGAAACCCAACCAUGGACUGUACGGAGGCACUGAUCGAUCAGACCCUUCUUGAGGCCGGUUGCAGUGGCAACUACAGCGCGACCAUUGCCGAAGCGGGUGUUCACUUUACGGCCAAAUACUAUCUGGAAAAUUACCCUAUCACGUUUCAGUUCUUUCUCGUGCCCGCACGGGCGCAAGGAAUUUCCUGUCACUACAUCAAACCGCUGUGGCGGACGGUGCUCUUGCAGUACGCACAAAUACGAGCCCUCGCGGAAGAGCUGAAACGCAAGGAUGCAGAAAUUGCCCAGUAUCAGGCGGAAGGGGCUCGGCUAAGCAGGACCAGCGUGCAGACGGUCCCGUUCGAUGAGCAAACGUUCCGGCACGAGUUUCCCAUGAAGCUGCCCAAACAGUCCAUCCGAAUAGAGCACCUUUUGGAGAGUAGCGUUCAUCGUGGUAAGCUGAUGAAAACGCUGGACAUUGAAGAGACCGGUAUGGAUGGUUCGGCAAAGAGCAAGGCCAGACUGUCGAUUCCUACCACACAGUCGAUCAGUUCACCCUCGAGGCGGAAGAAGAAACGUGCGAGAAUUUUAGCGCCCACCGACCUUACCAAACAAAACAUUGAGUACGACAACGAAGAGGAUGAUUCGUAGGCGCAGCAGCACAGAGAACAUUCGCUAGGAAUGAUUGAUCGAAAUGCAUUACCCGGGCACUCGGGUCGAAUUUCUCGCUUUUGGGUGGAUAUUCGAUAUCGAACGAUUUGUAAGUCAGUAGCAAAGCUUAUCAAGCACUAUAUUGUUUAAAUUAGUACUAAUCUUACCCCACAUUGUCUGGCUUAUAUAGGAUGCACAGUGCGUGUUCAGUCAAUUCAGGCCAACUACGAUUUUGUUUGUAUUUUGGAGCUAAUACACCAGUUGUUUCUUUAUAAAUGUCCCCAAUUUAAUGCCUGUUUUUUUUUUAGCAAAAAUCACAUUUCUAGUAAAUGUAUAGGGAGAAGGUAGCAGAAAACACUGAUAAGUUUUUAUAGCUAUAGAAGAUAGGCUGACAAUUAGAAGAGAAGUCCGUGAAGUUGAAGAUCUUUUCAAAAUUUCAGAUGCCCGGAAUUGACUGACAUGUACUGGUUAGUUGUGUUAUCCUUGUAUGAUUAUUUCAAUUUCAUUUUAAGACUAUUUUUUUUAGCAAAAUAUUCAUAUUCAAGACCCGUUCUAAAUACAAGUGAACAAUAUUGUGUCCCAUUAAUCAGUCACGUGUAAUCGAUACUCGAUAAUGGGGGCCUUUCCGUUUUAAGCUCUUAGGCUGAAAUUUCAGCCUGUCAGCUUUUUGCAUUGUAUAUCAGUUUUCGAGCAGCUAUCAAAGUGGGUAUAAUAUACAGGUGGGCUUAUCCCAAGGUGUAUGAAUUUAGAAGACUGAUUUUUAUCGCUUCUGUUUCUGAAUGAAGAUUUUAAGAGUGUUUUAUGUAUUCGUCAUGCCUUCAGAAAGCUUGUUUGAACAAAAGUGUUCACCCAUCCUGUCAAAAAGUGAUAUUCAAAUUUGGUUAUAAAACAUGCUAUUAGACCACCUGGACUACAUGCACUUUGAUUCUGGAUUCCAUCACCAGAUCUGUUUAAUGCACCUUGGGAUAAAUGUAAACAAACCCGUGUUUUCGAGCAGGUACUCGAAUCUAAUUCUAGCUUUGUGGCUAGAAUAAUCUAGACUGAAAAUUGCAGGCUAGUUUUUUGUGUGGUUUUGUAUGGAGUGUUGACAUGAUUUCAGCCUCCAACUGUCAAACUCCAUACAAAAAACUAACUAGAAUCGUGAAGGCCCCCAAUAAUCGAAUCAUAACAAAUUCUGGGAGCUUUAGUCCUCUCAAUUUGUUGAAGUUUAUCUUAAGAAUCCCUUUCCAU